CUUCCGGCCGGGGGCGGGCCGCGCGCGGUGGCGGGAACGCGGUGCCGGAAGCGGCGCGGAGUCCGCUUGGCUCGCUGGCGCCGGCAUGGACGUGGCCGAGGUGGAGUUUCUGGCCGAGAAGGAGCUGGUCACCAUCAUCCCGAACUUCAGCCUGGACAAGAUCUACCUUAUCGGGGGGGAGCUGGGCCCCUUCCUCCCCGGGCUCCCGCUGCAGGUGCCGCUGUGGCUGGCCGUGAACCUGAAGCAGCGACAGAAAUGCCGGCUGGUGCCGCCCGAGUGGAUGGACGUGGAGAAGCUGGAGAAGGUUCGCGAUCACGAGCGGCAGGAGGAAACUUUCACCCCCGUGCCCAGCCCCCACUACAUGGAGCUCACCCGGCUCCUGCUCAACCAUGCCUCCGACGACAUCCCCAGAGCCGACGAGAUCCGGACUCUGGUGAAGGACCUGUGGGACACGCGCACGGCCAAGCUCCGGGUGUCUGCCGACAGCUUCGUGAGGCAGCAGGAGGCUCACGCCAAGCUGGAUAACCUGACUCUGCUGGAGAUCAACAGCACCGGGCCCUUCCUCACCAGGGCGCUCGGCCACCUGGCCCAGCUGCGCGCCGGCCAGCAGGCCCCUCCGGGCUCCCAGUCCCAGGACUGGUAG